UUGGCGAAACAAAUCACACCGAAAACUUUAACCGGAAAUGUGUCUGAACCUCCCAGCCAAGAAACUGAAGAUAUUGCGGAGUCCUCCUAUUUUUCUAAGUAUUCACCUGAAUCACAGCCACAAACAGUACCGCAGCCUGGACUCUCACCUUUGUCGCAGCCCACACCCGCACAUUUAUUGCAGCCUGGACCUUCAUCUUUGUCGCAGCUAGGAGCUUCGAAUUCGAGCCAAGCAGUAUUCUCCACGUCACAACAACAUACUAGACCACAUACCAAACCUAUUCGUGUACCUAUAACGCAAGCUCAUCGUUUUACAUCCAAUCAACCUGGAAGACUUAUGAAAAAGAGAAAUAUUGAUGUGGACCAAGAGUAUUUAGAGAUCGAAAAAAGAAAACUUCAAUUAUAUGAGUCCAGGUCAGCAGAUAAAUCUGCAGAUGAUCCUGAUCGUAACUUUUUGUUGAGUUUGCUUCCAUACUUAAAAGAAGUCACGAAAUAG